AUGGCCUCUAGCGGAUUCGGGUCUGCCCGUCUACAACGACAUUGCCAAGGUCGAGGCCUACAACACGCUGGGCGUCGACUACCAAGACCUCUGCGACCCGUACUGGAUCCACGAAGACCUCCAGCUUUUUUACGGCUUUUGGGGCGACUGCCUCAAUCUGUACCGCAGCACGACACCUCACCGAGGGUACCAAAUCCUGCAAAAAUGGAAGCAGCGCGUCUCGGCCAAGUCGAAUAUGAAGCUCAAGGACGUGAUGGAGUCGCUACAGAUGGCGCCAAAGGACUUCUCGGACGUGACCGGCGACCCGUUCUUCAUCUACACGUCAAACGUCGAUCAUCACUUUACGCAGUCUUUUCGCCUUCGGAGAUUUAUGAGAUCCACGGCAACAUUGAACUCUGGCAGUGCGCGGGCAAGGACGAGAAGACGGGGCCGUGCUCGGCGUCGAUUUGGGAGCUCCCGCCGGCCUUUCGGUUCCAGAUCAACCGCGACACGAUGUACGCGGAAGGCUUUGAGCGUGACCCGCUCCUCUCGUGCGGCACGUGCAACGGCCCGGCGCGGCCCAACAUUCUCAUGUUCUCGGACCGCAAGUGGCUCUCCAAUGACCUCGACUCGGACCGCUACGUGGACUGGGAGGCCGCCAUGGAAGACGUGCUCGCCAAGCAUCCGGAGAAGAAGAUGGUUGUCAUCGAGAUGGGCUGUGGCAUGCGCGUGCCGUCGGUGCGACACGAGUGCGAGAUGGUGGUCCGCGACGUGCUCAAGAAGGAGUACCAGCGGUCGCUCACAACCCGUCAAGCCAACCUCAUUCGCAUCAACCCGGACCCGAGCGACGAGUGCAUUUACGACUGGGCCGAAGUGCCGACGGCGAUCCUCAAAAUCGAGGGCACGAGCCUCGCCGUCCUCGAGACCAUCGAAGCGUUCCUCCAAGACGCUGAAUAG